AUGUCGUACAAUGAGCACAAUUCCGAGAUCCCAGAGCAGACGAUAAAGCCUACAUCAGGAGAUCUUCACAUUUCGGGCGAUUCCGACGAGCUUAUAGUGUCGAAAGUAGCCAAUUCUGACGAUAUAAGCAAAAACGAGAAGAAGCAUGUCGAAGCAACUCCAAUUCCAUUGAGAAUUCCCAAAAUACGCCGGCCCGGGUCACAGGAUAGGGCCGGAGGAGCGAAAUCUUUGCAUUCAUCACAACCCGAACCGAUAAUCCUACCGAAACCCAGGCAAAGAGUGCUUUGUGAAUUCACCAACACAGCCAUAUCACCAGUACUGGGCAAGCGGAAUUUCAGAAUAGGUCCUGUUGAUAGAAUUGCAUCGAGACCUAUGGAGCCUCCGCUACUGGAGGAAGAAAGAUUGGAGUUUCACCAUGCGGAGGAAAGUUCCAGGCCGGCAGGUACCGCUGGAAUCUCCGUGUUUGUCACGUACGAGCCGAAAACAAACCGUCGGCAGGUGUGGAAGUGCCGCCGGGAAGAAAUCGGAGAGGGGUCAUUUAGCAAAGUGUACGUCACUGUUGACAGGAAAAACGCAAUCAAGGUGGUGAGAGUUGACCCGGAUGAGGACGAUGACACCCGAUUGAGGGUUCAGGGUUCGCUCUUGAGAGAAUUGGAGAUAUUGCAAGAGAUAUCGCAUCCAAACAUCGUCAAGUUGUUUGGCUACAACUCGGAUUUGAAGCACAACCACGUCACCAUGGCCAUGAGCUUCUAUAGAGGCGGUGAUAUGUUUGAUAUGGUCUUGAAGCACAGGCUGUCGCUACAUGAGAAUGUUGUUCGUGCCAUUUUUUCGAACGUGGCCUCGGCAGUUCGCUAUUUGCACCAUCAUGAUAUAUGCCAUCGUGACAUCAAGCUUGAAAACGUGCUUCUGAUCUAUGGCAUCUCGGAUAUCGACUUGUGGACCAACAACGUCCCCGAUCGCGUUGCUGUCCUCUCUGACUUUGGUUUAUCGAAAAAAAUCAGCAAGGACGAUCCCUUAUUGACCACCCGAUGUGGAUCCGAGGAUUACGUAUCGCCUGAGUUGCUUCUUGGACUUAAGUAUGACGGAAAACAGAACGACUGUUGGGCACUUGGUGUUCUUCUAUAUUCCAUAUUGGAGGGCCGGCUGCCUUUUGACUCCCCGCCCAAUUCACAUAGAUCUGGAAGAUCUUCCAGGCCUUCCCACCGAAUAUCAACCAUCACGUGGUCCUGGUACCAAUUGCAAGAUAACGGGAAGGACUCGCAAGGAAAUGAUUUUUCUCAGGCAAAGGAAAUCGUCGAUCACCUACUCGUGAAAAGAACGAAGAGAUGGACCAUAGACCAGAUAUGUGAUCACCAGUGGCUUUCUUCCUCCUAA